AUGGUUGAAAACUCAAUGGAGGUCUUUAUGGAUGAUUUUUCGGUUGUGGGUAAUUCAUUUGAAGUGUGUCUUGAUCACCUUGGGAAGGUACUGCAAAGAUACGUUGAAACCAAUUUUGUUCUAAAUUGGGAGAAAUGUCACUUCAUGGUAGAAGAAGGUAUUGUUUUGGGGAAUAAAAUAUCAAGAGAAGGAAUGCAAGUGGAUCAAGCUAAAGUUGAAGUUACUGCUAAACUACCUCCACCCAUUUUAGUGAAAGGCGUCAGGAGUUUUCUAGGAUAUGCAGGUUUCUACAAACGGUUUAUAAAGGAUUUCUCUAAGGUAGCUUACCCCCUUUGUAAGUUACUUGAAAAGGAAUCCACUUUCAAUUUUGAUGAAGCUUUCCUCAAUGCAUUCUUAUUCUUAAAAGAAAAACUAGUGUCAGCUCCGAUCAUUGUUCCCCCCGAUUGGAGUAUUCCAUUCAAACUAAUGUGUGAUAUAAGUGGUGUGGCUUUGGGAGUUCUUCUUGGUCAACGAAAAAGCAAGCUAUUUCACUAG